AUGAGAUUCCCCCCGGCUGAAGUCAUCUUAUCAUGGCCGGCUCCGAACUACAUUGAUCCCGUGCAAAGGGGACCGGCACUUCUGAUCAUCGAGCUGACUUCGCUGAGCGUGGCUUUGAUAUGUUUGGCCUUGCGACUUUACGUUCGACUCUUUAUGAUACGCAGGAGCUGGUGGGAUGACUGGCUAAUGGUUGCUGCUGUAGUAACAACUUCACUGUACGGAUGGGAUCUCCACGUGUGGGACCUGACACCCGUACAACAGAGACUGGGCCGCCAGGUGUCUAUCGCUGGCCAGACUCUCUUUCUAUUCGCAUCAGGCCUCUCGAAGCUUUCCAUCCUCACAAGCUAUCUGAGAAUAGCCCCACUCGGAUCAUGGUUCCGAAAGCUGACAUGGGUCACCAUGGGCUUUGUAUUCGCCUUGAUAUGGAUCUUUCUCAUCGUUCUAUGGACUCAGUGCAUACCCGCGUGGCACUACUGGGACCUAUUCGUGGAGAAUCGCAACUGCAUCGAAGAGUGGCCCCCUCUGGCGGGUCAAACUAUCACCACAGUCUUGACUGAUUUUGCUGUCUACAUCCUGCCUAUGCCUACGCUCUUCAGACUAAGGCUUCCGAUGAUGCAAAGACUUAUCCUAAUAAUCCUUUUUAGCCUCGGCACAGUCGUCGUUGUGGCUGGGAUUAUGAGGACAUAUUGGGCCCAUUUCGUCGAAAGGGAGACUUACGAUGUGACAUGGGAUGGGUUUGAACUUUGGAUCUGGACGGCUCUUGAGGCGAAUCUUGCUGUGGUAUGCGGAUGCGUACCCGUUCUAAGACGUCUGCUGCCGUCGAUGUCAGACACCAAGGACUCGCAUGUGUCUGAAAGUGCAGCUCCGCCGACGAUCGGAUCCGGCAAGAGGCGUCAGCAAAAGCUGGACGAUCUCGAAAUUGACGUAGAGAGCCAUGCGCUAGAUCACGCCAGUGCACCAUCAACUACAGAUGGCGAAUCUGUUGAGAUGCAGCCAGCACGUUCAAGUCCUGGAUGGUCCCCAAUACGGGAUCCUUGGGGCAGGUCAAACCUUCAGCAAACUCAUAUGGGAAUGCACUGA